CGCUACUACCGCUCCGGAGUGGAAAUCCUCCGCAUGGCUGCCGUUUACUCGGAGGAAGGCAACACUGAGCGUGCUUUUAUCCUCUACAACAAAUACAUCACGCUCUUCAUUGAGAAGCUGCCGCAGCACCGGGAUUACAAAACUGCCGUCAUACCCGAGAAGAGGGAGACGGUGAAAAAACUGAAAGAAGUAGCCUUCCCCCGAGCUGAAGAGCUCAAGGAGGAGCUGUUAAAGAGGUACGCCAAGGACUAUGCUAAGUACAAGGAGCAGAAGAAGGCGGAGGAAGAAGAAUUUGCGCGGAAUUUGGCUUUGCAGCAGCAGCUGGAAGAGGAGAGAAAUCGAGUAGCCCUGAUGAAGCAGCAGCAGGCAGAGCAAGAGCAGUUUCAUGCCUUUGAGGAGAUGAUUCGACGACAGGAGCUGGAGAAGGAACGUCUAAGGAUCGUGCAGGAAUUUGGAAAGCCAGAGCCGAGUCCCGAGACUCUGGAUGGACCCCUCAUCCCUGGCGUGGAAAAACCCCCGACAGAUUUAAUCCCGAAGGCUCCCGUGUCUCCAGUUCACCCUGCGAGUCCGUCAGCGGGGACUGUCUCAUCCAAACCUCCUGUUGUGGACAGAUCUUUGAAACCUGGUGCUUUGGGGAGCACGGAAAACAAUGCAAGCGUGGAUGUCCUUCGCCAGGUCAUUGUCCCUAGGGAGCUCUGCCAGAAAUUCCUCCAGCUGGCCGAUGCCAACACCAUCCGGGGUGUGGAGACGUGUGGGAUCCUCUGCGGUAAGCUGAUGAGGAACGAGUUCACGAUAACCCACGUCAUCGUUCCCAAGCAGCACGGGGGGCCCGAUUAUUGCAACACGGAGAAUGAGGAGGAGCUCUUCGUCAUCCAGGACCAGCACGGCCUCGUUACGCUUGGCUGGAUCCAC